AUUUUUUUAUAUAAAAAAGGGAGUGCUAAAGGAGUCAUUCAGAAGUGAGUGAAGGGGCAAAAAAGCUCAUUUCUUUCAUUCAGGAAUGGACACUGGACCAGAAUGAAAUGUGGGAAUAUCGGGAUUGGCAGAUUUGUUAUAUUGAAAUAAGCCUCAACUCAACACGACUAGUGAAUUCAAAUUAUAGUCACUUGCGGAUUUCUUAAAAUUGUUGUAGUGUAGUGUAGUAUUGUGGUUUUUCAGUAAAGACCCCGACCUAUAAAUAUUCACAGCCCGGCUCAUACGGGCGGACAAUAUUCACCCAGAGCCCCGUUGCGACCGCAAUGCUGUUCUUGAAGGACCUUACCUUAGAGUAGAGCAAAAAAAGGGAAUAGAAGUUAGGAAGACUACUGACGUAGGGCGGCGGGUGAGCUCAACCUCGAACCAAACAAGCAACGGAUUGAGCAACUAGCGCUAGGCGCAUCCUCUUGCUCCUUAACGACCGAGGGAUGAAAUCUUUCGACGACUAGGGAGGCCCGAGACCGAUUCCUGUGGAUCACUAUAGAAUCUUCUGGAAGCAAGCUAGGCUACCUUCUGGCUAGCUCUGCCAUCUUAGAAAAAUUCCUUCGCGCUUAGCUUAGUAAGCUAGCUUGGUAAGCUAAGCAAGCCUGGUUCUCCGGGCACUAUGGUAGGACGUGGAUCGAUCAUGACGAGAAUGGACUUCUCCGUCAUGUAAUGGUUUAGAAGAGUCACGGUCCAGUUCCCCGCCGGGCUUUUUCCCUUCUCGACUAGACGAAGGAGAUAUUCAUUCCAUUCAGGCAGGUGAGGAAGGGCGGCGUCGGCUUGACCCUGUCUUCUCUGGGUCGGAGGCUAAGUUUAUCAUUCAGUGGUGAGGUGUUCAUAGAAAGCAAGGCCUCGCCCAACGCAACGAGUGGCGGAUUUGGUUUGGAUGGGGUCUCGUCUCGCUUGGACGCUGGGGAGAUCUGGAUAGAGUCUUUCUCGCUCAGUAAAGAAGAGUACGCGCGCUACGGCUUACGCAGUGGAUCUUCGGGCAACCGGCACAUCCAAUUCCGAUCAACAACUUGGAUGGAGGUAUGGCUGAGUGGCUUAAGGCAUUGGUUUGCUAAAUCGACAUACAAGAAGAUUGUAUCAUGGGUUCGAAUCCCAUUUCCUCCGGUUGAACGGGCGGGCGAAAUUACGUGAGAGAAAGAACCUCAGAUUGAUGGAGUCCGCCGUCGGACAGAAUAGCACUACUUAGUGACUAGGAGCGGAGCGCCCCUUUCUUGUUCUUGGUGGCGUCUAUAGCGAAGAAGACCUUCCCGAACGAGGGCCGUCCAGUCCCUGGGCGGCUCUCGGUUCUUGAGCAAGCUCCUCCACUGCGGGUAGGAUGCUCAUAGAUGAAGAAAAGAGACUUUAGGCAAGUGGUUCUGGUAGCUCAGCUGGUUAGAGCAAAGGACUUAAAAUCCUUUUUUGCUUGUUUCAGUGGGAAGAGCAAGGGGCAUUGCCCUUGAAAUCCUUCAGUGGUUCGAAUCCACAUCUGAGCGUCUUUUUUUUUCGGUAUGCCGCUCCGCGAGCAAGGAGCGCCGCGAGGAGAGCGAGAGAACGAAGUGGGCUUUGGUGAUGUCGGAAUUUGCACCUAUUUGUAUCUAUUUAGUGAUCAGUCCGCUAGUUUCUUUGAUUCCACUCGGUGUUCCUUUUCCAUUUGCUUCCAAUAGUUCGACCUAUCCAGAAAAAUUGUCGGCCUACGAAUGUGGUUCCGAUCCCUCCGGUGAUGCCAGAAGUCGUUUCGAUAUACGAUUUUAUCCGGUUCCUAUUUUAUUUAUUAUCCCUGACCCGGAAGUCACCUUUUCUUUUCCUUGGGCAGUACCUCCUAACAAGAUUGAUCUGUUUGGAUCUUGGUCCAUGAUGGCCUUUUUAUUGAUUUUGACGAUUGGAUCUCUCUAUGAAUGGAAAAGGGGUGCUUCGGAUCGGGAGUAACCACUAGUGAAAGGGCUAAGGGGGGAAGGACAUAGGAAAGAGGGAUGCCUACAAAAAAUCAAUUGAUUCGUCAUGGUAGAGAAGAAAAACGGCGCACGGACCGUACUCGAGCUUCGGAUCAAUGUCCCCAGAAGCAAGGAGUAUGCCUGCGUGUUUCGACGAGAACACCGAAAAAACCUAAUUCAGCUCUACGUAAGAUAGCAAAAGUACGGUUGAGCAAUCGACAUGAUAUAUUUGCUCACAUUCCAGGCGAAGGUCAUAAUUCGCAGGAACAUUCUAUAGUCUUAGUCAGAGGGGGUAGAGUGAAAGAUUCGCCAGGUGUGAAAUCCCAUCGUAUUCGAGGAGUAAAGGAUUUGCUGGGAAUUCCGGAUCGUAGAAAGGGAAGAUCUAAAUAUGGCGCAGAAAGACCAAAAUCUAAAUGAAUGGAAGAUGCCUCU